CUCCUCAUCUUGCGACCCCUCGUUGCGAUGUCCUCACGGCAACAGCAGGGCGGUCCCUCGCGCAUCUCCCGCCCAGCAGCUCGCUAUCGACCAGGCAAAGCGCCGGUAGGCGCAGCCGGGUAUGACGAUUCGGACUCGGAUGAUGACGAGCACGCUCAACGACAGCAGGCGCAGCUUGACGACGACAACAAGCACGAGGAGAUCCGCGACCUUACGUCAGGCACGGCUGCUUUCUUGAACAAUCAGCAGAGGUCCGGACAGAGACGUACGGCCGGCGUAGUGGUCAAUGUUGGAGCCGCGCCGGUGAAGAAGGAGCAGCAGCCAAAGGAGGAGGAGUACGACUCGGAUGAGUACGAGACGGAUACCGACGACGAGCCGCAGACGACGGCGGCAGGCGCUGAAAGGAGGUCCAGACCUGCUGCUGCGGCAAAGGAGAGCUCGUCAGAGUAUGAGACGGACAGCGGUGAGGAGGAUGAGUCAUCGGAAGAAGAAGAAGAGCCAGAGCCAAUCUUCAAGCCCAUGUUCGUCUCCAAGAAGCAGCGAGAGGCGGCUGCAGCCAAUGGCGCCUCAGCUCCAGCCGUCGUAGCAGCUCCUGGUGCCACAGCUGCCGCUGCUCCACCAGCGAGAGACGACAGCGAAGCUGCUGCUGAACGCGUAGCCGCAGCUCGGCGUCUUGAGGCCCAGCAACUCGCUUCGGACCGUAUCAAAGCCGAGCUCCUGGCCAAGCAAGCAGACGAGUCCCGCCCAGACAUAGACGAUACGGAUGACGUCGACCCUGAAGCCGAGUUUGCAGCCUGGCGAAUCCGCGAGCUUACCCGCAUCAAGCGCGAGUGGGAAGCCGACGAGCUCAAAGACCAGGAAGAGGCCGAACGCUCUCGCCGCGCUGCCCUUACACAAGCGCAACGAGAUGCAGAAGAUCUCGCCCGUGCCGAAUCUGGUCGCAAAGAGGUCAAAGAAUCGCGAGGCAAGAUGGGCUUCAUGCAAAAGUACUAUCACAAGGGCGCCUUCUUUCAAGAUUUGGACAUUCUCAAAAAGCGAGACUACAGGACUGAAGCGACGGAGGGACAGACGAAGAAGGAGAAUUUGCCAGCUAUGAUGCAGGUGAGGGACUAUGGAAAGAAGGGAAGGAGCAAGUGGACCCACUUGGGGGCGGAGGAUACGAGUAAGGGUGGCAUCAGCCUACGCGGCAACAACGGGGGUGGGAGCGGGGCAGGAGCAUCAUCUUCGCAGUCGGGCUGCUUCCGGUGCGGAGCGCAGGAUCAUCUCAAGAGAGACUGCCCAAUGCCAGGCGAUGGGGUGCCGGCUGGACCCGGCGGCGCUGCGACUGGCGCCAAUGCUGCGUUCAACGAUCGAGAUCGACCACGAGAUGAAGGGUGGAGAUCGAGACCAGCGGCGUCAGUGCUACGAGAAGAGAGAGGUGAGCGUAGAGAAGGGUGUGGCGGAUAUAGCGAGCGUAGAGAAACGUACAGCCGACCUCGCCACGAGGAGCCUCCACGCCGCGACUACGGCGACCGUCGGUAUGACGAGCAUCGCUACGAUGACCCUCGUGGCGAGCGUCGCCGACCAGACGAUAGGGACGCAGAGAGAGAACGCCAUCGUGAUGGAUAUGAGGCUAAGCGUCGGCGGUCAAGAUCUCCGCCGACCCGUUCUUCCGCUCCUGCUGCCCCGCCGGUAAAGGAUCGAUGGGCGCAGCGCCAGCUCGAAGCGGCAGCGGCGCAGAAGCAGGGCCAAUAAAGGCGAGAAAGAAGGGGUAGUGAUAGUGGAUCAUAUGUAAUACUAGCUCAAUGCCAUGCAAUUUGCUACCGAUAUCCUU